AUGUUGAUGGACCACACUGCUUCUGGUGCCAUGAUUCCUCAACUUGAUAGGGCCAGCUUUGCCACGCAAACUGGAUUAGCUAGCCCAGCACCUCAUGCACCCAGUGAUGUGGUCUACCCACUCAUCACUCAAGCACACAAUCAAAAAUUGGAAUAUGCAGCUCAAAUGAAAGCAGGGGCAGAACAGCAGUAUCAACCUACAACUGGUCACAUCUAUAAUAAUAGAAAAUUGCAGGAGGGAAUUUACAAUACACCCCCAAUUUUGCCUGGGAGUGUUGGUUAUGCACCACCAGAUGAUAGUUCAUCCGGUGUAUCCAUGAACAAAAUCAUACUAGGAGUAGUUGGGGGUUCAUUAGCUUUAUUGUCUGGUGUAAUUGCCUGCCUCUGUAUCAAAAAAAAAUCAAGGGAUAACGACCCAUGUUCACAAUAUGACUCAGACCCUAAUGAGGUGCACACAUGUGAGCUAGGCCGAGCAAAACACUGA